AUGGAGCAGAAAUCCUUCUCCUCAUCAAAUGCCAUCAGUAAUCACAGAGUGACUUGCAACCAAAAAGAGCAGCAAUUACUGUUGGAAUCGCUAUCCCGGACACAAUGCAUCGUUGAGCAGUCACACACCGCAAUCCGAAGUAAUUCUAAUCAGUUGAAUAAUUUUCUUACCGAGGGUGAUUUGGAUGGAAUCUUACUAUUCUACGAUAGCGAUGUGGAGCUACUGGAAUCUCAAACACCUCUCUGCCGAGGAAUUGAUGGUAAUCGUUUCAUAUUAAUAAUUCCGUGA